UAUGAGGUACAAUCUACACGAGCAAAAAUUUCACGCACAGGUCAUUCAUUGUCAGACCAGUCUCAACAUGAGCAAGAUAAUUAUAACUCUUGCCGUCUGCCUCGGUCUGGUUGGUUACGUGUCGGCUGCUACGUAUUAUGCAAUGGAAGACUGCCCAGAUGGAGUAGAGGUUGGCGAAUCCUGGUACCCAUCGGGAUGUCAGCGAUGCGACUGUAAUGGUGGAAGCUACCAAUGCUACUCAUGCGGUAGCAUCCGCUUUCCACCUGAGUGUAAGGCUACCUACGACACGACCAAAAAGUACCCGGAUUGCUGUCGUCCUAAACUUGACUGCCCACAGAUUUAAACAAAAGGUCACGAUGCUUUAAAGAAUAGAAAAAAAAAUCAACCGAAAUUUAAUUUUAAAAAUCAAUUUAAA